AUGGCCAAAGCUACACUGAAAUGUUCAGCAAAUUAUGUUCCACUUACUCCCAUUAGUUUUCUGGAGAGAUCAGCCAUUGUUUACAGAGACAGAACUUCUAUUAUUUAUGGAGAUAUCAACUUCACUUGGAAGCAGACCCACGAGAGGUGUCGCCGCCUCGCCUCCGCCCUCUGCCGCCGCGGAAUAUCCCGCGGCGAUGUUGUUGCUUCCUUGGCUCCAAACAUUCCAGAAACUUAUGAGCUACAUUUUGCUGUUCCAAUGGCUGGAGCAGUCCUCUCCACACUCAACAUACGCCACGAUUCCGCCAUGGUGGCCGUGUUGCUCGCUCAUUCACAAGCCAAGAUCAUAUUCGUCGACUACCAGUUUCUUGACAUUGCCAAGGGCGCUCUCAAGGUCUUGUCCAAGAAGGGCUCCCCGUUGCCUUCUCUCAUCUUGAUUCCCGACCCUCAUGAUUCAGUUUCUCGGCCAAAGUUUGGGACGGAAAUGGCAGAAUACGAGUCUUUACUAGCGGAGGGAGAGGCUGAGUUUGCAGUAGUAAGGCCGGAUGAUGAGUGUGACCCUAUCUCCCUCAAUUACACCUCUGGCACAACGUCGAGCCCCAAAGGCGUUGUGUAUAGUCACAGAGGCGCGUAUCUGAACUCCAUGGCUGCGAUUCUGCUUAACGAGAUGCAGUCUAUGCCCGUGUAUCUAUGGACCGUGCCUAUGUUCCAUUGCAACGGAUGGUGCCUGACUUGGGCUGUGGCAGCACAAGGUGGAACCAAUGUAUGCAUAAGGAAUGUCACCGCGAAGGGGAUAUUCGAUAGCAUAGCCAAACAUCGUGUCACACAUAUGGGAGGUGCUCCAACCGUCUUGAACAUGAUCAUCAACGCGUCUCCUAGUGAGAGGAGGCCUCUCCCCGGGAGGGUGACCGUGAUGACAGGUGCUGCACCACCGCCUCCUCGGGUGCUCUUUGAGAUGGAGGAGCAAGGAUUUAACAUCACCCACGCAUAUGGUCUCACAGAAACGUAUGGCCCGGGGACUAUCUGCACUUGGCAGCCGGAGUGGGAUUCCCUACCUCUUGAGGCUCGGGCGAAACUCAAGGCGCGCCAGGGAGUUCCGCAUCUCGGGAUGGAAGAGCUUGAUAUCAAGGACCCUGUUACUAUGCAGAGUGUGGCUCGGGAUGGGAAGACGGUGGGUGAAGUCAUGUUUAGAGGUAACACGGUGAUGAAUGGUUACUUGAACGACGCUAAGGCGACUGAAGAAGCGUUUCAAGGGGGGUGGUUUCAUACUGGGGACUUGGGGGUGAUUCAUCCGGAUGGAUACAUCGAGCUGAAGGAUCGGUCAAAGGAUAUAAUCAUCUCCGGAGGGGAGAAUAUAAGCACGAUAGAGGUGGAAUCGGUGAUCUUCAGCCAUCCGGCCGUGCUUGAGGCUGCUGUCGUGGGGAGGCCGGAUGAGCACUGGGGAGAGACGCCUUGCGCAUUUUUGAAGCUCAAGGAGGGUCAUGCUGCUACCACGCAGGAGAUCAUCAACUACUGCCGCGAGAGGCUGCCUCAUUACAUGGUGCCACGGACAGUGGUGUUCGAGGAAUUGCCAAAGACUUCGACCGGGAAGACGCAGAAGUUUGUGCUCAGGGCCAAGGCCAAAGUUAUGGGCAGCCUCUCUAAACAGAGCAAGAUGUAGUUAGUUUCCUACUGUAGUAUUUAUCAAUCAUUGUUGUCUGGGAUUUUAACCCUUUUGUUAAUUGUCUGUAAACUCUGUUUUCCUUCUUCAAGAAUGAAUAAUGAAUGCCUAAUGGCUUAUUUACACAUUUAAAAA